AGUGAGGGGUCCCUUGGGGUGAGAGGGACAAGAAACACCCACUAGGACCCAACCCAGCGGCCGGCGGCCGAGCAUGCGCUGAGAGUUUAUGCAGCUGGCCCUGGCGGCCGCUGCUGCCUCGUCCGGGACUCGGCGAGGACUUGGGAGGGACAGCGGCGCCGGGAGGUGGCUUAGCAGAGACUUUCCAGCAACUGCUGUCCCGAACUUUUUUUUUCUUUUUCCCAGGAGGCGGCGACGGCGGCGGGGCGGUAGGGGGAGGAAGAGAAGGAAGCGUCCACAGCUUACGCCAGUGCAGCCCCGCGCCUCUGCAGGAGCGGCGCGGUGCCCGAUGAGUCCCAGCCGUGCGUCCGCGAGGGUUCCCCGGCGGGAGCGGGGUGCGGAGCCGAGCGCCGACGAGAGCAGCUGCUUAGCCCGUGGCGGUAGGAUGUGGUGAAAGGAUGGGGCUUCUCACUCCCGAGGCUCACCAUGGCCAGAGAGGACUCCGUGAAGUGUUUGCGUUGCUUGCUCUAUGCCCUGAACCUGCUGUUCUGGUUAAUGUCCAUCAGCGUGUUGGCUGUCUCUGCCUGGAUGAGGGAUUACCUGAACAAUGUUCUGACUUUAACGGCUGAAACAAGAGUGGAGGAGGCCGUCAUCUUGACUUACUUUCCUGUGGUUCAUCCGGUCAUGAUUGCUGUUUGCUGUUUCCUUAUCAUCGUGGGAAUGCUGGGAUACUGCGGGACAGUGAAAAGAAACCUGUUGCUCCUUGCAUGGUACUUUGGGAGUUUACUUGUCAUUUUCUGUGUAGAGCUGGCUUGUGGAGUUUGGACAUACGAGCAGGAACUUAUGGUUCCCGUACAAUGGUCAGACAUGGUAACUUUGAAAGCCAGAAUGACAAAUUAUGGCUUGCCUAGGUAUCGGUGGCUCACACAUGCUUGGAAUUUUUUUCAGAGAGAGUUCAAGUGUUGUGGAGUGGUGUAUUUUACCGACUGGCUGGAAAUGACAGAGAUGGACUGGCCUCCAGAUUCCUGCUGUGUCAGGGAAUUCCCAGGAUGUUCCAAACAAGCCCACCAGGAAGAUCUCAGUGACCUUUAUCAAGAGGGUUGUGGGAAGAAAAUGUACUCCUUUUUGAGAGGAACCAAACAAUUGCAAGUACUUAGGUUUCUGGGGAUCUCCAUUGGAGUGACACAAAUCCUGGCCAUGAUUCUCACCAUUACUCUCCUCUGGGCUUUAUAUUAUGACAGAAGAGAACCUGGGACGGACCAAAUAAUGUCCCUGAAGAAUGACAAUUCUCAGCACCUUUCAUGUCACUCAGUAGAACUGUUGAAACCAAGCCUUUCAAGGAUCUUUGAACAUACAUCCAUGGCAAACAGCUUUAAUACACACUUUGAGAUGGAAGAAUUAUAGACUGUUGAAAAAGGAAACAAUAAACUUGUUUUAUUGGACUUGUGCAUUUUUGAGUAACAGUUACCUGUUUCAGAAAUCUGUAGACUUAAAAAUACUGCAAUAAAAUAAUGUGUAGGCAUAUAAUUUUGUACUCUUUAAAACAAAGGGGAAAGCUUCCUGUGUCACCACCUGGACAAUAAUUGGUGCCCUUUAUAAUGCCAGGACAGAUCUAAUACCCAUCGGAGUGGUAUUAUAGCCAUUUUAUAGCCUGGGUAAUGUUUUAAUUGAAUACAGUUAUGUUUGAGUUGCUAUGAUUCGAUCAACAUUUCUGCAUCUAUGUAAAUGAACCGCAGUAAAGGUUGAUUUACUUCCACAGGCUACUAUAAAAAUUAUCAAUUAACCAUUAACAUAGGAAGCUAGACAGCACUAAUGACUUUAAUUUCUUGAUAUAUUUUUUUGAGGGUGACGAGAUUAUGCAUUAAGAACACUUUCAAAAUUGGUGACUACCUAAAUGUGGUUUUUGCUGGUUACUAAAAUAUUCUUACCACUUACAAGAGCAAACUAACACAUUGUCUUAAACUAAGCAGGGAUGUAUGUGUAUAUGUCUAGGCAAAGUCUAUAUAGUUCCAUAGUCUUGGAUUCUCAUAAGGUUAAGAAUUGCAAUUGUGAAAAGGAUAAAUUUGUUCUGUACAGAACCAUUGUGUUAGCCUUUCCCACUAACAGAGCUUUUAAAUUCAGUCUCAGGUUUAUAAUAUAUUUAUAACAAUUUAAAUACUUAACCACUAAUUUUAAAAAUUACCAGUGUCAUACAUGGAAAUCACUAGAAGUCUAACUAGUUCGGUCUUUAGGAAGUAUUGACAAGAAAAUUUACACACAUCUUUGUUGACUCCGCAGGCACUUAGAUGCUGUUUUCUCCCAUGUGAAGCACACUAACAGUUUCUUAAAAAUAAACGUUUGUUAAAAGAAUUUACCUUCACCUUUUUCAAAACAACAGUUUUCAAGUCUAUAUAAUUCUACAAUGACUAGUAUUCUUUGUCUCCAGAAAAAUGCUUAUGCAAAUCAUUACAAUGACAGUUUAACUGGAGACUAUCUUGGCUUUGUCUCAUUGAUUAAUAUGCUAUGUCAAAUUACACAGAUUAUUGAAUUUUUUACAAAAGUAAAAUAUAUUUAUUUGAAAUGGGAAGAGUGCAUUUUACUGUAUUUUGU